GCUAUUUCCCCGGGCACCCCUCCCAACCCUAUGCUAUUAUUUAUUUCUCUCUCUUUAUUUUAUCUCUUACUUUGCUUAUGUCACGAGAGUUUCCUCGGGUUCUCUUUCUCUCUCUCUCUCCCCCUGUUUCUGUGACUCCCAUCGCUGAAGUCUCUCUGACUGAUUGGUAUAAACGGAACAUUAACUCUGAAAACUCUUCCCACAUUUAAAGCGCAAUCUUUCCCUCUCCCUCUUCCCUCCCCCCUUUUCCCUGUCACUGAUAUCAGACCACCCAAAUCCAAACGACCUUUCCAUCUCUCUCCCUCUCGUCCCUUUCAUCUUUUCCCUCUCACUUUCCCACUGGUUUCCAUUUAUUCCCUGCCUCCUCUGUUUUCAUCGCAAAAAGGGAAGGAAAAAGAACCCAUCUUUCGUUUUUCAAAAAAAGAACCCAUCUUUUUUUUAUUCCACCCUUUAUUCCCUGCUAUAUAUAUCUCACCGAUUCCGCUACAACUUCCCAGAGAGAAAUGGGAUUUUCCGGGAAAUCUCAGCCGCUGGAUCACAUGGGUUUCGAUUCCGACCCUAAAAAAACAUGGGUCGUCGCCGGAAUCCCACUACGUGCGCCGUUAAAGCCGUUGUAUACAAACCCGGUAGAGCAAGAUGACGGGGAAGAGUGCUCGACGACUCCCACGGCGGAAGAGUCCAGGAUUCCGGCGAGUCUGACGUGUCCGCCGGCUCCCAGAAAACGAAAAGAGGCGGCUGCUUCAAAGUGCAAAUUUAAUGGUGUUAGGGAGUUCUUCACUCCUCCAGAUUUAGAAACCGUGUUUAUACGACGCCAUGUUGAGAGGGCCAAUUGACUUUUGAAAGUUUCGGUUUUUAGAUGCACUUUUGGCUCCAAUUUCUUUGCUUUUUUUUAGUUUUUGUUGCUUUUUUAGUCUGAAUUGAUAAUCUUUAGGAUCUUCGUAUUGGGAAGGUAGCUAGGAGAUGAUUAUGUAAAGGGUAAUUACUAUAAAUAAAUAAAAUUCCAGAUCUUAGCUUAA